UUCUUCUUCUUCUAAAUCUAUCAAUUUUUUUUUAUCGACGAUGAAUAAUUCCGACAACGGGAAACGGCUUCUUGUGAAACGUAAGCAUGAACAGUCCGGUAUGUACUAUUUAACUCCUCUUUCUCCGCUAGAUUUAUCCGAAAUCUCUGAAGAAAGUUUCGACCUCCCUUUUCUGGUUCCAAACCAACACCCUCUUCACUCUCAUUCCAACACUUGCGGCGGUUUGUUGUGUUUCAUCGAUCGAAUUACUGGCAAUAGUUAUCUUUGCAACCCCACAACCAAACAGUUUCAGAUUUUCCCUCCCAAGGAAGUCUCUCCAUCCCCAAAUUAUUGGAUCCAUUUUGAUGGUGGCUGUCUCGGCUACGAUUCUAAAUCUGAUGAUUACAAAAUACUAAGAAUUUGGCGUCAUCAUGGCUUAGGGUACACGAACCGAAUUUUUGAGCUGUAUUCGUUAAGAAGUGGUUCUUGGAAGGAGAUUCCGAGUCCUGAAUCUAUGCUCAAUUCUUGUACUAAUAGAAUUAUAUAUGUUAGGGGUAAGUGUUAUUGGUUUUCUUCGUCUGAUUGGUUUUCUUCAUCUGGUUCCGGAGUUGUAUCGUUCGACUAUAGUGAGGAAAGCUUCUCUUACUUGCCUUUACCACGAAUGGCUCAUAGAGAUGGUUUUAGCCUCGUCAAGUUUGAAGAUGAAGAUUUGUUAGGCAUUGUUUACUGCGGGCGACGAGGAGUUAGUUAUAAGGCCCCUCAGAUUUCGUCUUUGCCUUUGGGGAGUGAACCUGGUUACUAUUUUGAGGCUUGGGUUUGGAGAGAAGGAUGGGAUGCAGUGUUUAAUGUCUCUCUUGGUGGUGUUGUGGGAGCAGAGACGAUAUACAGGCCGUUCUUGUUUCUUCAUGGAAUGGAUCAACUGGGAGUUUAUGAUUGGGCUAAGAAAGAGUGCAAGGAGCUUGGUAUUUACAAUGCAAUCGAAGUUUUCUGUUACGUUGAGAGCAGCGUUGCGUUGCCCCGUGGAAAGCCAAUCAAUGGAUCCCCUGUUCUUCCUACUUAUGAGGGUGAGUGGCAAGGCAUGUUCGGUGAGGACCCUCGUGAGUAUGACUCUUCCCAUGAAGCCUACGAUGCAGAUCUCGAUGAUUUUGCUGCUAAUGGAUUCCGCGUCCUUGAUGAUAUAGAGUUGGAGGAGGAGGAGCAGGAGAGGAGAUACGAUGCCGUUCUUGAUUUAAAGAUGGAGCCGGAGGAGGAGGAGGACGAGAAGGAGGUUACGGAUAUUACAUAUUAUUCUGCCGAUCAUGCAUCAGAUUGUGUAUGUUGUUCUGAGUUAAACAACUAUUACCGUGCUGCAAAGUAUUUCGUAAUCAAGUCAGAUAGUGAGGAUGAUGUGCGUAAGAGUAUUAGGCAUAACGCGUGGUCAUGCACUCCCUAUGCAAACAAGAAGCUUAAUGCUGCAUAUGAGGAUGCCCAGAGAGUUGCUGAUGGCUGCCCCAUCUUCCUCUUCUUUUUUGUUGAUGGGAGUGGCCAGUUAUGUGGUAUGGCAGAAAUGACUGGCCCAGUGGAUUUUCACAGAGAUGUGGAUUUCGAUUUCCGGCUGCGAGAUAAACGGAGUGGAAGCUUUCCGGUGAAGUGGCACUUCAUAAAGGAUUUGGCAAACUUAAAAAAUUUUAGGUUCACCAUAUUGCACAACAAUGAGAACAUGCCAGGGACUGACAAAAGAGACAUACAAAGGUUGAGCUACAAGAAAGGUCUGCGGAUGCAUAACAUAUUCAAGCGUCGUACGUCAACAACAUCCCUACUCGAUUUUAUGCAGGAAGAGGGAGAAGGCAGGCUUCAGAAACAAUGAGAUGGUAUAAAUGCUGUGAUGAUGGUGUCAAUUCCAGUCGGAACAACUCCACUGGAUACCAGAAGUCGCCCUUAUGAGCAGGGACGGAUCCAGGAUUCAUCUUUAGCGGGCUGAAUUUAUUAUCGUGUCACGUUUUUCAUUAAAUUUCCGCUGCUUUAUACUAUGUGUGUAUUGUGGAGUGUUGUCGACACAUUCUGUACAACAUCGUAUUCCAGACGAAGCAAA